AUUUCUUCUGUCUGACGAACCCACACCUCAAAUAUGAAUCUUUCAGAAUAUAUAUGAGUUUCCAUUGAGGUAUACCUACGUCUUUUUGCUGAGUGUGAUGCGUUCAUUCUAUGCUCAUGGCUAUGAAGUACAGAAUCUCCUCGCCGGGGAGUCUGGCUUCUCCCAGGAUUCCCACUUUGUUACUCAUAAGAACUUGCAGAUCCUAGAGAGCACACCAUUCACACACUCUGUGACGGACAGCCGAUACAGCUUCAUUACACAAGCAUCAAUUGCUGGAGCUCUGGUCCUCAUCUAUUUGAUACGACUUUCACUGCCGGCAGCGCCUCAGUGGUGCAGCAAGUUCGCCCAGGAAGAUGCCUGGCAGAACGCGCCGCGCACAAGGAGAUGGUCGUUUCCAGCCGUUGCUCUCCUUCUGCUCUCCAUUGCAGGUCUUGCUUUGGCUACAGUAUCAGCAAUAUAUGAAAACUCUUGGGCAUGGCUUGGCCUAGUGCCCUGGUUGGCUUCCGUUCUGCUCGUUGUCAUCGCCCGACCGUCGAAGACACCCAAAACAUUGUUGACUAUACUGUGCACUACUACUCUUAGCAAUGCAUUCGCCCUUUACGCAAACUACAAGACUCUACGAGAGCUAAAUAUCAUCUACCUUGGAGAAUUGUGUAUUGCUAUCGGCUAUAUCAUCAUUAUCCUAUCAAUGCCUAUGAGGGACCCCGGCUUAAGCGCCGAGGGUAUUGCUGGGCCACAUGAUAAAGCGACGAACAAGCUUCGUAGUCCAGAAGAUAAAUUGACUCUGUGGCAGUUCAUGACGGUCUCGUGGAUGGGCCCAAUGAUGCGAGUGGCUUCAAAGAAGACCCUCAAUGACGAAGAUGUCUGGUUGCUGCCUUUUGAAUUCCAGCACAGCCGCCUUCAUAUGCUAUUCCAAGACCUUCGAGGAUCGCUUAUUUGGAGACUGAUUUUGGCAAACGGAUUGGAUCUCAUGAUCACUACAUCUUUAGGAAUACUGGAGAUGGUUGCCAAUCUCUCAAACCCAGUCCUGCUCCAACGCUUGAUUGCUAGUAUUCAGAACGGCUCGAGGAACGAGUCGAUAUUCUAUGCCAUUACUAUAUUGGCUGUACGACUGGUAGCCGCACAGUCUGCCGUGUUCACCCUUUGGUACAGUCGUCGCGCCUACGAAAGAUCUCGUGGUGAAAUGAUUACAACUGUGUACGCCAAGACAUUGACCAGGAAAUCCCAAGGAUUCCAACCUUCAGAAAAUGACCCAAAGCACGUCAAUGGCAAUGAACUUGAUGGUGGAAAAGUUGAAGAAGGCCGAUUUGCCCGUCUACUUAUUUGGCUAAAGAUUCGCAAGAGUCGCUCGGAGAAGGCUGAAACGGCGAAGGCACCAGCGUCCAUGGGAAAAAUACUAAAUUUGAUGAGGAGCGACUGUUACGAAGUGGCGCAACGAUUUUGGGAUUUUCCAGCCCUUAUCACAAAGCCAUUACAGUUUGGCCUUUCGCUUUUCUUGGUUUGGCAGUUCUUGGGUUGGCCUUGCCUGCUUGGUCUUGCAUGGGUCGUAUUUAUCCAAUUACUCAAUGGGCUUUCUGUCAAGGCUCUUAUUUCACGAGAAAAACGCCGAAGAGCUGCUACAGACGAACGCCUGCAGGCCACCUCCCAGUUCGUGGAGGCCAUCCGCCAUCUCAGAUGGUAUGAUUGGCAAGGCAAAUGGCUCGACAAGAUUAUGGUUGCACGAGAUAGCGAACUACAUCUCAAAAUCAUAACCGGUUUGUGGGCCGUUCUUUUGGGGACUAUAAAUAUCUCUGCAGGGGCCUUGUUCCCUGUUAUCACAUUCUUUGGCUACACCUACAUCGCGGGCAGGCCUUUGUCGGUUGAUAUUGCAUUCCCAGCUCUGCAGUUGUUCAACAUGCUAGAAACUAGUUUGAAGGAGCUUCCCGAUUUGUUCAUGAUGCUUUUGAAUGCUUCUGUUGCUAUCGGCCGACUGGAUGCUUUUAUGGCAGAGCCUGACAAAGACGAGGGGUUUUCAAACGAGGAAGCUACUGACAUUGAGUUCCGUGAUGCUUCCUUUGCUUGGCCUGGAACUAACAAUCCUGUCCUAUAUGAUCUCAACCUCCACUUCACUACUGGUCUUGCAGUGAUUCUGGGACAAGUCGGUUCUGGAAAAUCCGCCCUUCUGCAGGGAAUCCUUGGCGAACUUGAUCGUUGGGCUGGCGACUGCAUUCUUCCGCAUGAGAUGGUUGGCUACUGUGCCCAAUCUCCAUGGUUGCAACACAUGAGUAUUCGUGAUAAUAUUCUAUUCUCGUCUCCCUACGAUCCUGUACGGUAUAAACAGGUCAUCGAAGCCUGUCAAUUGACGACUGAUCUCGCGAGUUUCGAGCACGGCGAUCUUUCUUUCAUCGGAGAGAACGGAAUAGGACUUUCUGGGGGACAAAAGGCCCGAGUUGCUUUGGCCCGUGCUGUUUAUAGCCAGUCCCGCAUUUUGCUUCUUGACGAUCCUCUGGCACCAUUAGACCACAACACCGCCGAGACCAUUGUUCAGAAGCUCUUCCGUGGUAGUCUAGUUGAAGGUCGGACGGUGGUUCUGGUCACGCACCGCGUCGAUUUGGUAACACAUCUAGCAGACCAGGUCAUUGAGAUACAGGAUGGAAAAGGUCGCAUAUUGGACAUUGAUGAAAUCCCGGAACAAAUUGCGACCUCGAAAUCCGCAAAUAAUCCAGAAGAAGCUCAUGAGGCUGAGCCGUCCGCGGAAGAACAGGAUGCCGCCAUUCGUGACAAGUUCAUUGAAGAAGAACACCGCAAAGACGGCGGUGUUGUUCUGUCGGUGUAUUGGACUUAUAUCAGAGCAGGGAAACUGAGGUGGUGGGCUGUCCUUAUUGUCCUAUUCACCAUUUUCCGCCUCGCGCGCGUGUUCAGUGGUUGGUUCUUAAAAGCCUUCUCUGAAGCUUACCCGGAUAAGCAAGUUGAUAUGGAUAUGGACGUCGCCUUUCUGGCCCGCAGAGUUGUCUUCGCUAUCGUGGAAAGGGGAAGGGAUGGAAGUGGUUCUUUCGCGGAUCGUUUCUUCGACAACCUUCCUCCCCCCUACGAGAAUGUGCGACCAUGGUUGAUUUGGUAUCUGGUUAUCGCUCUCGCGAUGACGGCAUUGUUCACCAUCGUUCAACUCGCUCUGCUUCUCAUCUUAUACGUCGCUGCGAAGAGUUUAUACGUUCAAGUCGUCACAAGGGUGAGUAACGCCACAUUCCGGUUUUACGAUGUCACGCCUGUGGGCCGGCUGAUGAACCGAUUGACCUCGGACAUUGGAAUGUUGGAUGGCGGUAUCAUAUCACCAUUGCAGAACAUGGCUUUCUUCUUCCUUACUUGGGCGACCGCUAUGGUCAUCAUUGCUUUGGUCACUCCUAUUUUCUUCAUAUUUGCCAUUGUCAUGACGCUUGGAUUCGUAUACAUAUUCUUGCAAUUCUUACCUGCAUCACAAAGUCUCCGUCGGCUCGAGAUGGUCUCCCUGAGUCCUCUCAUGUCGAACUUUGGUAUUUUACUGGAUGGUCUAGCGACAAUCCGCGCAUUCAAGGCGCAACCCAACUUCCAGAACCGCAAUAUCGUCGUCACCGAUGCUUUCCAACAGAAAGACCAUUUCUAUUGGUCGCUCCAGUCUUGGUUGAUGUACCGUUUCGACUCGCUGUCAGCAGUCUCGACCUUCGUCCUGACCAUGAUCGCCCUUUACAACGGGCUAUCUCCUGGUCUGACUGCUUUCGUGCUGACAACAGCUGCCCAAUUUGUCGACGCUACUCAUAUGCUAUGUAAAGUUUACGGGCAGCUGCAGAUGGACUUCGUCUCGGUCGAACGUGUCAUAGAAUUGUUGGAGCUUGAGGAGGAACAGGUCGGCGAUAUCGACCCGCCGGCUCACUGGCCCGCUUUCGGGGACGAUAUCGAAUUCGACAACGUCACAAUGAAAUAUGCACCACACCUGGAGCCUUCACUCUCCGACGUCAGCUUCAAGAUUCCUGGCGGUUCGACCUGUGCCGUGCUCGGAAGGACGGGAUCUGGUAAGUCCACGCUUGCUUUAGCCUUGCUGGCAACUCUACGCCCAGAGACGGGCAGCAUUCAUGUGGGCAGCAUGGAUAUCUCACGGGUCAAUGUACACACCUGGCGCCAACGUAUCAGCUUCGUUGCUCAGGACCCGGUGCUUUUCCCGGGCACACUGCGGCAGAACAUCGAUCCGCUCGAGGAGCACUCAGAUGCAGAGUGUAUUGCAGUACUGCAUCGUAUUCUGGGACCCGAGUGGUCCUUGACUUCGCAUGUCGAAGGCGGCGGCAAGAACCUCAGCCAGGGCCAGCGGCAGCUGGUCGGCAUCGGGAGGGCGGUGCUGAGACGCAGUUCUGUAGUUGUGCUUGACGAGGCGACGGCGUCCAUCGACAAAAAGACGGCCCUAGCUAUCCAAGAUGUGCUCAGGGACGAGUUAAAACAGAGCACGGUGAUCACGAUUGCGCACCGGCUUGAGGCUGUCAAGGAUGCUGAUUGGUACGUCCGGCUUGAUGCUGGACGGGUAGUUGAAUGUGGUCCCGCAAAGAAUUUGCCACCACCUUCCGAUACGAAAUAAGCUGCGUUUCCUUUUAUUUGGAGUUGAUAUACAUAUACAUAUACGUUAUUAUUAGAUAUCGCCGACAAACUAUAUAGUACCGUGGGGGUGAUCUCGAAAAUCUUGCAAGACUAGAAACAAGUAUAUUGCGUACCAAGUUGAAUAUAUUUACCUGAAGGGUUUUUAAG